AUGGAAAUUUUUUGGAAGAUGUGGACAUGGAUUUUGAGCCUAGUCAUGGUUUCAUCGGAAUUUCACAGUGACAGCAGGCUUUCAUACAGUUCUCAAGAGGAAUUCCUGUCUUACCUUGAACAUUACCAACUAACAGUCCCAGUAAGGGUUGACCAAAAUGGAGCCUUCCUCAGCUUUACUGUGAAAAAUGCUAAACCCUCAAGAAGAAAGAGGAGCACGGACGCUUAUGACCAAGAACUGGCAGCAUCUAAAUUAUUUUUUAAACUUUCUGCCUAUGGCAAGCACUUUCAUUUAAACCUGACUCUCAACACAGAUUUGGUGUCCAGACAUUUUAGAGUAGAAUACUGGGGGAAAGAUGGACCACAAUGGAAACACAAUUUUUUGGACCACUGCCAUUACACAGGAUAUUUGCAAGACCAACAUAGUACAACCAAAGUGGCCUUAAGCAACUGCAAUGGUCUGCAUGGAGUCAUUGCUACAGGAGAUGAAGAGUAUUUUAUUGAGCCUUUAAGGAAUAUAACAGAAGAUUCUAGCAACUUUAAUUUUGAGAAUGGUCAUCCUCAUGUUAUAUACAAAAAAUCUACUAUGCACCAGCAACAUCUCUAUGAUCACAGUCAUUGUGGAGUCUCAGACCUCACAAGAAACCCUUGGUGGAUGAGUGAUGCAUCUGCUUUUCCAACUUCACUUCCAGUCAAUGAGACAUUAAGUAGUCACAGUCGACAGAAGAGAUCAGUAAGCCUUGAACGGUUUGUGGAAACACUGGUAGUAGCAGACAAAAUGAUGGUGGGAUACCAUGGUCGCAAAGACAUUGAACACUACAUUUUGAGUGUAAUGAAUAUUGUUGCCAAACUUUAUCGUGAUUCCAGUCUAGGAAACGUUGUGAAUAUUAUAGUGACACGUUUAAUUGUCCUCACUGAAGAUCAGCCAAACUUGGAGAUAAACCACCAUGCAGACAAGUCCCUCGAUAGCUUCUGUAAGUGGCAGAAAUCCAUUCUCUCCCACCAAAGUGAUGGAAACACCAUUCCAGAAAAUGGGAUUGCCCACCAUGAUAAUGCGGUUCUUAUUACUAGAUAUGAUAUCUGCACUUAUAAAAACAAGCCUUGUGGAACACUGGGCUUGGCCUCUGUGGCUGGAAUGUGUGAGCCUGAAAGGAGCUGCAGCAUUAAUGAAGACAUUGGCCUAGGUUCAGCUUUUACCAUUGCACAUGAGAUUGGUCACAAUUUUGGUAUGAAUCAUGAUGGAAUUGGAAAUUCCUGUGGGACCAAAGGUCAUGAAGCAGCAAAGCUAAUGGCAGCUCAUAUUACAGCAAACACCAACCCGUUCUCUUGGUCAGCCUGCAGUCGGGAUUACAUCACCAGUUUUUUAGAUUCGGGCCGUGGUACUUGCCUUGAUAAUGAGCCUCCCAAGCGUGACUUUCUUUAUCCAGCUGUGGCCCCAGGUCAGGUGUAUGAUGCUGAUGAACAGUGUCGCUUCCAGUAUGGAGCAACAUCCCGCCAGUGUAAAUAUGGGGAAGUGUGUAGAGAGCUCUGGUGCCUCAGCAAAAGUAACCGCUGCGUUACCAACAGCAUUCCAGCAGCUGAAGGUACUCUUUGCCAAACAGGGAGCAUUGAAAAGGGGUGGUGUUAUCAGGGAGAGUGCGUACCUUUUGGCACUUGGCCCCAGAGCAUAGAUGGGGGUUGGGGUCCGUGGUCAAUAUGGGGAGAGUGCAGCAGGACCUGCGGGGGAGGAGUCUCCUCAUCUAUAAGACACUGUGACAGUCCAGCGCCUUCAGGUGGAGGCAAAUACUGUCUUGGAGAAAGGAAGCGAUAUCGCUCCUGUAAUACUGACCCAUGUCCUUCAGGGGCCCGUGAUUUUCGAGAAAAGCAAUGUGCAGAUUUUGACAAUAUGCCUUUCCGUGGAAAGUAUUACAACUGGAAACCCUACACUGGAGGUGGGGUUAAACCAUGUGCAUUAAACUGCUUGGCUGAAGGCUAUAAUUUUUACACUGAACGUGCUCCUGCAGUAAUUGAUGGGACUCAGUGCAAUGCAGAUUCACUGGAUAUCUGUAUCAAUGGAGAAUGCAAGCAUGUAGGUUGUGAUAAUAUUUUGGGGUCUGAUGCUAAGGAAGAUCGAUGCCGUGUUUGUGGAGGAGAUGGGAGUACAUGUGAAGCCAUUGAAGGUUUCUUCAAUGACUCAUUGCCCAGAGGAGGCUAUAUGGAAGUUAUUCAAAUUCCAAGAGGUUCAGUGCACAUUGAAAUAAGAGAAGUGGCAAUGUCAAAGAACUACAUUGCUUUAAAAUCUGAAGAGGAUGACUACUAUAUUAAUGGUGCCUGGACUAUUGAUUGGCCAAGAAAGUUUGAUGUUGCUGGAACAGCUUUCCAUUACAAGAGGCCAACAGAUGAACCAGAGUCUUUGGAAGCACUAGGCCCUACUUCAGAAAAUCUCAUAGUCAUGAUUCUGCUACAGGAACAAAAUUUGGGUAUAAGAUAUAAAUUCAAUGUUCCCAUCUCUCGCACUGGCAGUGGAGACAAUGAAGUUGGCUUUGCAUGGAAUCAUCUGCCUUGGUCAGAAUGUUCUGCCACUUGUGCUGGAGGUGCACAGAAACAAGAGGUGGUGUGUAAAAGGCUGGAUGACAACUCCAUUGUACAAAACAAUUACUGUGACCCUGACAGUAAGCCUCCAGAAAACCAAAGAGCCUGCAACACUGAGCCUUGCCCACCUGAAUGGUUUAUAGGAGAUUGGUCAGAAUGCAGUAAGACCUGUGAUGGAGGAACGCGUUCACGAACAGUUCUCUGUAUCAGAAAGAUUGGACCUUCUGAGGAGGAGACACUGGACAAUGCCAACUGUUUAACACACCGGCCUAUUGAAAAAGAGUCCUGUAAUAACCAGUCCUGUCCUCCACAGUGGGUUGCUUUGGAUUGGUCGGAAUGCACACCAAAAUGUGGCCCAGGAUUCAAACACCGAAUUGUUCUGUGCAAAAGCAGUGAUCUUUUAAAAACCUUCCCAGCUGCGCAAUGCCAAGACGAAAGCAAGCCACCCGUCCGCAUCCGUUGUAGUUUAGGCCGAUGUCCUCCUCCUCGCUGGGUUACUGGAGACUGGGGACAGUGUUCUGCACAGUGUGGUCUUGGGCAACAGAUGAGAACAGUACAGUGCCUUUCAUACACCGGGCAAGCAUCCAGUGAGUGUCCAGAAACGCUUAGGCCUCCGUCAAUGCAGCAAUGCGAAAGUAAAUGUGACAGUACUCCAAUUUCCAACACAGAAGAGUGCAAAGAUGUGAACAAAGUGGCAUAUUGCCCUCUGGUCUUGAAGUUCAAGUUCUGCAGUCGAGCAUACUUCAGACAGAUGUGCUGCAAGACCUGCCAAGGACACUGA